GAUCGCUCAAGUAUCAGUCUAGCAUCACAUCUCGAAGUAUCUUAACUAGCUCUCAAGUAAAUCCGCAAUCAACUACCAAAGAAAAUGAAUUUCUCAAAGCUUCUCAUCGUCUUCACAAUUCUUCUUGUUGCAUUCGCCGGUCAAAGUGAAUCACGUAGUUUAUGGAAGAAGCUCUUCAAGCCAGUGGAAAGAGCAGGCCAAAGAAUUCGUGAUGCAACCAUCAAAGGUAUUGCUAUUGCCCAACAAGGAGCUAAUGUACUGGCAACAGUUCGUGGUGGCCCAGCAAUUCCCCCCGGACAAGGAUAAGUUUAUUAUUUAUGUGGGAGGGGAUCGGCAAGAGAUAUUUGAUCGCCAUAUGAGAUUAUUUUAAAGACUGUGUAAAUUUAGAAUGUGUGUCUUGUCAUUUUAAAACUCGUUAUUUAUUUUAUCAAUAAGCUUAUAAAUAAAUUUAAUUAAAA